CUGAGGGCUCCCAGGGGCUGCCCUGCACCGCCGUUCCUGGGUGUUCCAGGCCAGACUUGCUGCCUCUCCUGGUUAGGCUGGCUUCAGGCCCUACCAGGUCUGGGCUUGCAGCCUCAAGUGGAAGAGUCGAGGGACUCUAUCGGCCCGCACCAGGUGCCUAGAGGCCGUUGGUCCGUGCGCCCCGGCCGCGGCCCCGGCCCGGGUCCAGCCCCGCGUCCCUCGCCAUGGGCCUGGCCUUCGCCUGUGGGCCCUGAGCAUGGAGCGGGGCUGGCCGCCCGGGGCAAGCUGCAGCGGGGAGCGGCCGGCCGUCUGCCGCCGCGCCCUCAGCGUCUGCGACUCGCUGGACCUGCACAGCACCUCGGCCGACCGGACCGCCGCCGCCCUGCAGGCCGCCUUGUGCACCGCGCACGAACAGCCUGCGCGGCCACGGAGCGUGUGCUCCGGGACUCCGGGGUCGGCGCCCUCUGGUGCGCGCGGCCUACUACUCGGCCUCUUGCGCCCGCGCCACGGCCGUCGGGGCCCUGCGCCCUCAGAACGGCCCGGCUCACCGCCGCCCAGUCCUGAGCUCAGCCCCGCGCCUACCUGGCGCAGCCGCGGUCCUGGAGAGAGGGCAUCCAGGCCGCGGCCCACCAGCAUGACGUUCCUGGAGGUGAACCGUCUAGAGCUGGCGGCUACGGAGGCGCCGGGCACAGGGCUUGGACGCACGGGAAGUUCGGGCUUCCUGCGAGGAGCGUCGCUGUGGAGUAGCCAGCGCUGGCAGGUGUUCCGUGGUGGUGGCAGCGGCCGCGGCGCAGAGAGUCCCCGGCGCGGGCUGUCCGCGCUCAGGAAGAGCUUUAGCUUCCGUCUGCGCCGCGGCCAGGAGAUCCGGCGCUCCGAAUCCGGGCUUCUUGCCCGGCCACCCCGCACGCGUACCCGCAGCGACGGCGACGCCAGCUCCCUGGGUACCUUCCCCAGUCGCCGAGACUUGCUGGGCACCGAUACCCCGUGCCCGCCACCGGAGCCUGGCCGCCCCCGCGCCGCCGCCAGCCUCUGGAAGCUGCUCACCAGCCGCUUCCGCCGGAGGGAGCCCGCGCCCGCAGCGCCGCUGUGGAGCCGCCGGGCAGCCCCAGCCCCAGGAUUCCUGGGCGCGCACAGCGACUCAUUUGUGAACAGCCAGGAGUGGACCCUGAGCCGCUCUGUGCCGGAGCUUAAAGUGGGCAUAGUGGGGAACCUGUCUAGUGGGAAAUCCGCCUUGGUUCACCGGUAUCUGACAGGGACCUACGUCCAGGAAGAAUCCCCUGAAGGGGGUCGGUUUAAAAAGGAGAUUGUGGUGGAUGGCCAGAGUUACCUGCUGCUGAUCCGAGAUGAAGGAGGCCCCCCUGAGCUCCAGUUUGCUGCCUGGGUGGAUGCGGUGGUGUUUGUGUUCAGCCUGGAGGAUGAAAUCAGCUUCCAGACAGUGUACAACUACUUCCUGCGCCUCUGCAGCUUCCGGAAUGCCAGCGAGGUGCCCAUGGUGCUGGUGGGCACGCAGGAUGCUAUCAGUGCUGCCAAUCCCCGGGUCAUUGAUGACAGCAGGGCCCGCAAGCUGUCCACAGACCUGAAGCGCUGUACCUACUAUGAGACAUGCGCAACCUAUGGGCUCAAUGUGGAGCGAGUCUUCCAGGACGUGGCCCAGAAAGUGGUAGCCUUGCGGAAGAAGCAGCAGCUGGCCAUCGGGCCCUGCAAGUCCCUGCCCAACUCACCCAGCCACUCGGCCGUGUCUGCUGCCUCCAUCCCAGCUGUGCACAUCAAUCAGGCCACGAACGGCGGCGGCAGCGCCUUCAGCGACUACUCCUCCUCAGUCCCCUCCACCCCUAGCAUCAGUCAGCGGGAGCUGCGCAUCGAGACCAUCGCUGCCUCUUCCACCCCCACACCCAUCCGCAAGCAGUCCAAGCGGCGCUCUAACAUCUUCACGUCUCGAAAAGGUGCUGACCCGGACAGGGAGAAGAAAGCUGCGGAGUGUAAAGUGGACAGCAUUGGGAGCGGCCGGGCCAUCCCUAUCAAGCAGGGGAUCCUGCUGAAAAGGAGCGGCAAAUCCUUGAACAAGGAGUGGAAAAAGAAGUAUGUGACACUGUGUGACAACGGGCUGCUUACUUACCACCCCAGCCUGCACGAUUACAUGCAGAACAUCCACGGCAAAGAGAUCGACCUCCUGCGGACCACAGUCAAAGUGCCAGGGAAGCGCCUGCCCCGAGCCACUCCCUCCACAGCUCCGGGCACCAGUCCCCGUGGUGCCAACGGGUUGGCCCUGGAGCGGAGUAACACACAGCUGGGUGGUACCACAGGUCGCCCCCACUCGGCCAGCAGUGCAUCCCUGCAUUCUGAGCGCCCUCACCGCUCAGCCUGGGCUGGCUCACGCCCUGAGGGGUUGCACCAGCGCUCCUGUUCCAUUUCCAGCACUGACCAGUGGAGUGCGGCAGCUGCCCUGCCUGCCAGCGUGCAGCGUCCUGCCAGUGGCCCAGCUGAGUUACUCAGUUCCAGCCCCAAGCUGGAGCCUCCCCCAUCUCCCCGCUCCAACCGGAAGAAGCAGCGCCGGAAAAAGAGCACCGGGACCCCCAGACCAGAUGGCCCCAACAGUGCUGCUGAAGAGACAGAGGAGUCCUUUGAAUUUGUGGUGGUGUCCCUCACUGGUCAGACCUGGCACUUCGAGGCCUCAACAGCGGAAGAGCGGGAGCUGUGGGUGCAGAGCGUACAGGCCCAAAUCCUCGCCAGCCUCCAGGGAUGUCGCAGCGCCAAGGACAAGACCCGGCUGGGGAACCAGAGCACAGCCCUGGCUGUGCAGACUGUCCGCACAGCCCGUGGCAAUAGCUUCUGUGUUGACUGCGAAGCUCCCAAUCCAGACUGGGCCAGCCUGAAUCUGGGUGCCCUGAUGUGUAUCGAGUGUUCAGGGAUCCACCGACACCUGGGAGCUCACCUGUCCCGAGUCCGCUCCCUGGACCUUGAUGACUGGCCACCCGAACUGCUAGCUGUCAUGACCGCAAUGGGCAAUGCCUUGGCUAACAGUGUCUGGGAGGGGGCUCUGGAUGGCUACUCGAAGCCAGGCCCAGAAGCCUGCAGAGAGGAGAAGGAACGCUGGAUCCGGGCCAAGUAUGAACAGAAGCUCUUCCUGGCCCCACUGCCGAGCUCGGAUGUGCCUCUGGGGCAGCAGUUACUCCGGGCCGUGGUGGAGGAUGACCUACGACUGCUGGUGAUGCUGCUGGCCCAUGGGUCCAAGGAGGAGGUGAACGAGACCUACGGGGAUGGCGAUGGCAGGACAGCCCUGCACCUGUCCAGUGCCAUGGCCAACGUCGUUUUCACACAGCUGCUCAUCUGGUACGGGGUGGACGUGAGGAGCCGUGAUGCCCGAGGCCUGACCCCACUGGCCUAUGCCCGCCGUGCCGGCAGCCAGGAGUGUGCAGACAUCUUGAUCCAGCAUGGGUGCCCCGGGGAGGGCUGUGGGUUAGCACCCACUCCCAACAGAGAGCCUGCCAACGGCACCAACCCUUCUGCAGAACUGCACCGCAGCCCUAGUAUCCUAUGAAGCUCAGGAAGAGGCCAGAGGGACCAGAAGGACUCCACAGCCUGGAGGGGACAUGGCGAAGCAGGGGUGCAGAGAAGAGGGGUGACGAGGGCGCAGGGAUGAAGAGGUCUGUGAUUAAGCUGCAGCAGAGCAGGGUCUGUCAUUCAGCCCUCUGCCCUGUGGUGCCAUUAAAGGACAGAACCCUUUGGAGGUGCCUGUGAGGAGAGGGGGGCAGGACCUCUCCCUCCUCCAGAACCCUGCCUCCUCAGGACACCUCCCACAGUCCUCCCUGCAGUGGACAGGGACACAGGACAUAAGAUGGGGUACCAGAUGAAAGAAAGACAAGGGGCCGAUCUGUGAGUCCCAUGUAAAACUUGUACAUUGGAAUAUUUAUGUUCGUGUAUAUACGUGGUGUGUGAGCCAAUAAACCAGGCUGUAUGUGUG